CAGCUGGCUUGGGAGGCUCUGCGCGUGCAGCAGUGAUCCGGCUUGCUGCAACCAUCCGCCUGGGCCCUGGGAAGCAGCGUGCCGCAGCGAUCCGGCUUGGCCAUGGCAGCGGCGCCUCUGAAAGUGUGCAUCGUGGGCUCGGGAAACUGGGGAUCAGCUGUUGCAAAAAUCAUUGGGAACAAUGUAAAGAACCUGCAGAAGUUCGCCUCCACGGUCAAGAUGUGGGUCUUCGAAGAGACCGUCAAUGGGAGGAAGCUGACAGACAUCAUUAACAAUGACCACGAAAACGUGAAAUAUCUCCCCGGACACAAGCUGCCAGAAAAUGUGGUCGCUGUCCCGAAUCUCAGCGAGGCUGUGCAGGAUGCAGACCUGCUGGUGUUUGUCAUCCCCCACCAGUUUAUUCACAAGAUCUGCGACGAGAUCACGGGCAGGGUACCCAAGAAGGCCCUGGGCAUCACGCUCAUCAAGGGCAUAGAUGAGGGCCCUGAAGGGCUGAAGCUCAUCUCCGACAUCAUCAGAGAGAAGAUGGGCAUUGACAUCAGUGUGCUGAUGGGGGCCAACAUCGCCAGUGAGGUGGCUGCGGAGAAGUUCUGUGAGACCACCAUUGGCAGCAAAGUGAUGCAGAAUGGCCUUCUCUUCAAAGAGCUGCUGCAGACGCCCAACUUCCGAAUCACCGUGGUAGACGAUGCCGACACCGUGGAGCUCUGUGGUGCUCUAAAGAACAUUGUUGCUGUGGGAGCCGGCUUCUGCGAUGGCCUCCGCUGUGGGGACAACACCAAGGCAGCCGUCAUCCGCCUGGGACUCAUGGAAAUGAUCGCUUUCGCCAAGAUCUUUUGUAAGGGCCAGGUGUCCACGGCCACCUUCCUGGAGAGCUGCGGGGUAGCUGACCUCAUCACCACCUGCUACGGAGGGAGGAACAGGAAGGUGGCAGAGGCCUUCGCCAGGACCGGGAAGACCAUUGAAGAACUGGAGAAGGGGAUGCUCAAUGGGCAGAAGCUCCAGGGACCGCAGACCUCCGCUGAGGUGUACCGCAUCCUCAAGCAGAAGGGGCUGCUCGACAAGUUUCCACUCUUCACAGCAGUGUAUCAGAUCUGCUAUGAAGGCAGGCCUGUCACAGAGAUGCUGUCCUGCCUGCAGAGCCACCCAGAGCACAUCUGAAGGCAACUGGGCAGCCAACAGGGAACUGCCUUGCCUAUUGUGGGGUCAUCCAGAAAACCAAGGCUUGGCAGUGAGAUCUCUGCUGAGCUGUACUCUAACCCUGAACACAUACGACUUGUUACAGCGCUGGUCCUGUGCUGGGAGAGGCACUUCACCGGCUGGGAUGGAGAGAGAGAGAGAGAGAGAGAGAGAGUGUGUGUGUGUGUGUGUGUGUGUGUGCGCGCGCGUGUGCGUGCGCGUGCAUGCGUGUGUGUGUGUGUGUGUGUGCGUGCGCGCGCACACACAUGCACAUGCGCUUGUGGGGCCGUUUGAGUGUUCUUGAGUGUGUGUGUGCUCCUUUCUCGUUCUCUGGGUCUGAACCCAAAUCAGGUGUCUGUUUUAAUGAUCACAUUCAAAAUCUCCCCGCCAGGGCAGAUUGGAACUAACUCAGCUAAAUUUUAUGAAUUUUAUGGGUGUGACUCAUUUAUAUGUGAGUGGAGGAAGGAAUCGUUUUGUUUUUUUCUCUGAUACAGUUAUCUAGCAAACUCUUUGGAUUGUGGCUUGGGCGAUUAACAAUCGGGUGUUUUAAUUAGAUAUGCACUGACAUGCUUCUUCAUGAUAAAGAUGCCUCUUUCCUCUUCACUAGCUGCCAGGAUGGGCUUUUGUGCGCGCGCGCGCGCGCACACACACACACACACACACACACGCACACAGAGCAGUGGCAGAGGAAGGGACAUCCCUGCAGUGGCUGACAUAUCCUUCUGGGGAAUAUGUCUUUUUGUUGGGUGUUUUUUUUUCUGUACCUGUGUCUCUUCAGGCUUAUGGAACCCUGAAAGAGACCACUGUCACGACUCACGUAAGAAGCCAUAGUUGUCCCUGGUCACCCAGGGACAUGGACAGGAGCCUAGUACACAUUCCUCUAUCCCUCUGUCACUGGGCCUCUUUGACCUCUAGCUGACUGUGGGAAUGUUACCUGCAGCCUUCCCUGAGGCCACAGAAAGGCUUCCUGCCAUGGGGAUUUGUGGAGCAAAGAGUCUUGAGGAAGGUCACCACUGCAAGUGAUGUCCCCAACCCAGCAGGGUCACUGUACUCUUAAGAAAGUGUUCCCAGGACUCAAGAAUGGCCCGUGUUUCCACACGCCUCCCUCAUGUUUCUGAUGCCCACUACAAUUUGAGAGCCACCACACUGGAGAAUCUGCUCUAGCAUGGCCUUCAAUGAACAGUGUUCUGUAGGAGGCACAUGUCUGGCUAUUCCGGGUGGCCCCUGGAAUGGCCAAGUGAGUUUAAAACAAGCCGCCUGUGCGCACUUUCCUAGGGGUAGCCUGGGUGCUAGCACCUGCAUAGACCCAACUAAGCUAACAAGUUCCCAACCCUUAGGACAGACUAUUAGCCCAAAUGUCUAGAGAAGACUGCCAUAGAGUGGUGUGACCCUCACUCCCCGCAGGAAAUUAGGAGAGCUAACUACCUGUGAGUUUAUUCUAUGAAACCUGGGCUGGCCUCGAACUUGUCAACUUCUUGCCUCUGUCCCCUGAGUAGCUGGAAUUGCAGUUUUGAGAGAGCUUUCAGGUGACGGGGUCGAGUCCAGAUAAGGUGAUGUCAGCCUCGCUGAAACGCACACUAUAUGAAGUGAGUGCUUUGGAGUCUGGCGUUCGACUGUGAAUGAGUGUAUCUCUAUUUAAAAACCACCAGCCCAUGGGUGUGGACGUGUGAUUGUCACCCAGUCAAGUAUUUCUAGCUUCGGGGGAUUUUCCACUUCCUCUCAUCCUGGGCUGGGUGUUCCCCACCCCCCCCCCACUGAAAUAAUUGUAAAAAUAAGUUUUUAUGGGAAUUUUUAAACUCUCCCGAAAGACUUUUGGAGCAUUGUGGAAGCCCGUCCCUAAAAGUCUACAGAAGCGCACAGCUGAAGUUUUCAGUUUUCACAAUGAUGUUGUCAGUCGAUUCUUUUCUUGUCUCCCAAUGAAUCUUUUUAAAAAUUUGUACAUAGGUAACGAAGAGUUACUUUUUAAGAGAUCCAAAGGGCUGCAAGCUACUGUGCUGUCUACAGAGUAGGGUAAUGAGGAGCUGUUACCAUCCUGUGUCCCUCAUUUACGUCCUCCCUGACAUUCACAUCCUCUCUAAGCCCUGUACCUCCUCCUCCCUUCCCCUCAUGAAUGCCCCUUACUGACCUGAUGUCAGUUGACGUGCUUAUAAUCCACACAUGAUGGGAACAGGUAAAUUCCUUAAGUCUGUGCUCUGACAGCCAGAAGCAUCACUCUGUGAGUUAUGUAUUUUUGUAACCACCUGCUGAUUGAUGCUUCUUGCGAGCUGUGGCAAUAGGAACAGAGACGCCCAGAUGAGAUACUUAAUCUGUGAAUGUAAAACUAACCUAUUGCCUUGCUACUCUCCUCCUCACCACAGUUCUGGACAAAUCAGUGAGUCUAGCCUCCUGGUGUUUUAACAGCUGGCCUCCAGAGGGCACUGUGGUGAGAGAGCAGUGUCCUAACAAUUGCUUCUCCGCCAGUUCUGCUGGGCUAGCUUCUUAUUCCGUUUGUACUGUAUAUGUACUUCUAUGGACUGUAGAUGGGUGUAUAAUUUGAAGGCUUGGUUUAAUAAACACCACCUCUUGAACCUGUA